UAACCUAAAAAUUUUAUGACAGCGUAUUAGAAAAGCGUUCGUGUUUUCUUACACAAACUUUAAAAGUAAACCGAAAACCAGAUUUGUCAGCCUAAAAACUUUAUUUAAUAAACCAAUAGAGUAUAUUUCAAUUAUGGAAUCUAGUUUCUAAAAGGGACAAUGUCGUAUUUUGGCUCACCAUACUCCAAUUCAUACAACCAGGACUUCGAAUACGACGACGACAGGUACGAGGAUGAAGACGACAGGGAGAACGACGAACCCCAGGACGAAAGCAAUGAGGACACCGAAGAUGCCAGCGAAACCGAUACAGGUAGACAAGAAGAGCCUCUGGAGAUCAAGGAACAGAUGUACCAGGACAAACUGGCCAAUUUAAAGAAAAAAUUGCAGCAACUUAAAGAUGGUACACAUUAUGAAUAUAAUAAGAAAGUGAAAAAGCUAGAAUAUCAGUAUAAGGAGCGUUUGCGUUUGAACGUUUUGUACAGAGACUACUUGAUAGAUUGUGUAGAGAGGGAUUAUUUACAAGAGAAGAAAGCCGCGGCGAGGGAAUUCGAGGAAAAGAAAAUCGACUUGAAGGAAACCCUGAUAUCCGAUCUAGAAGACAAGAAACGUACAGUGGAGGCAGAACGGUUUUCCAUGGAACUUACUGGGGAUUCUAUGGAGGUGAAGCCUGUAAUGACGAGGAAGCUGCGUAGGAGGCCCAACGACCCCAUGCCGUUGCCGGAGAAGCGCAGGAAGGCGCCUACAGCUCAAAUCACGUACCUCCUCGAUGAGAAGGACGUGGAGAACGAUCUGAGGCAGAUUAACAAAGGGAAGCUUCAGACGCCGAUGAGGAAGCAAAGCGAGAAUUCUUGCUCAUCCUCUAGCCCCGCGCAUUUGCAGGGAUUGUCGAUUCAACAAAUGAACGACAUACCGUUGAUAGAGACUAGGAUAGAGGACGGGAAGUUGCUUUAUGAGAAACGGUGGUACCACAGGGGACAAUCCGUCUUUGUUGAAGGCCGCGACAUGCCAAAGUUCCCCGCCAACAUAUCGGCCAUCGGCAACGACGCCAUCUGGGUGAAAAAGUCCGACGGCGCCAAAGUGCGCAUCUACAUCUCGUACUUGUCCAGGGGCAAGGUUUCCAUAAAACGCAGAGCAUCGUAGGUAACUGUUCUUACGAUUACUUUCAUCGAAAAUUAAGUAAUUGUGUUUUGUAUUAUGUCAUUUAAUUUUAUGAGUUGCUGUUAUUGUAGUAACAGUGAUUCUUACUUGGUUUUAUCGUAUUGACUGUAAUUAAUUCCUAAUUGUU